UUGGUUUGGCUUGGCGCUGCACAAAAUCAAUAGGUUCAGCAGAAGUGUGUGGAACCAUGCAAAUACAGCGAAGUUCAUCCGGCGGCUGCUAGCGAGAUCAGUAAAUCGAGUACGGCCACCAGACCCAUAAAUGCGGCAAAGUGGCGUCCUGUUUUUACACUUGCAUGGGUCUGAUGCGGACAGUUGGCGGCGCCAGCGAUGCACAGCUGCCGGAGGAGGCGGUGUCUACGCUCAAUCAUUGCCCGACCUACCGACAGAUUCCAGGUGCCGGAACGGGCGCAGGAUCAGCGCCAGCCAAGCGAGUACCCGUCCUGUUUUCCACCAACCGUGGACUCUAUCUGCGCCUGGCCCAACCACUGGCAGAUCAGAUGGAGGUGAUGACACUGCAGCCAAGCGGACAGAACUACAACAUCAGCUUCUGCGAUCUGGAGCGCUGGAGCACCAAUCGGGCGAAUGUGGUCAGCCUGGAGGACACCUUUAGCAUCAUGCAGCAGCGCAAUAUGUCGCCGGAGUCUAUGAACUACCAGCCACGCCUGUGGAAGAACAACGUCAGCUACAGCCUGAUGCACUGAACUGAAAGCACCUCAAUAGAUUAUAUCUAAACAUUGCAAUAGCAGAAGUCUCGUAUGUAAAUUACAAAUUUUUUUACUUU